AUGAGUUCGGAAACUGUUCAAAUGGUUUCGCCGGCCAAACGGGUUCAUUUUCAGGUAAAAUACGACAAUCAAUCUUAUUUUUACAAAGUACAGUAAAUUUUUAUUGUAAAGUAAUUUAAAUAUACCACAAAUAUAAAUUACUAUGCACCCCUACUAAUACCCCAGUACGUAACAGCAUAUUAUACAAGGCAUUGUUGUGUGAAACACCAAAAAACGCUUUCAAAACUCUUUACUGUAUGGUUUUUGUCGUCUAACACACGACGAAGCCUUUGAAAUCAAAUUCGAAGCCCGAAAUUUGCACAGGAUUGUUAUGUCUUGUGUACGAUACCUGCUACGACACACGAUGUAAGGCUUUAAAACUGUCGAAGCCCUGGUUAACAUAAGGUAUAUAAGUGGAUGGCUAUGGUUGAUAGGGGUGUGAUAUAGCGUUUUAAAGAGGGGUAUUAGUGUGUUUUACUAUUAAGGAAUGUAUUUUGGGUUUAGAACAAAAAGUUUAGGCAAAAUGAAAAAGUUACAAAGUGCGCCAAAAGUUCUGUUACAAAACGUUACCGGUCGUUUUCUCUGUUGCGGUUAAGUUAUUUAAAAAUUUUGAUUUUAGCUUAUUCUCCGUGUUCUUUAUUUUAUAAUCAUAAAAGUUAAGUCUUCAUUGUCUACCGUUUGUCUGUAUUUAGAUGUCAAACAUAUAUUAACCAUGAGGUGAAAGGUCACGGGUAAUAUAAACUGAUAUAAAAAAUUUUUGGUUGGAUGGUAAUGUAAAAUAGCAUUGUAAAGGUUUAGGCAAUAUUAUCGACCAAAAAAAUUUUUUUAAUUUUGUGUAUAUUUAGGUAUAAAAAUGAUUUUUUUCCAGGUCAUAUCAAUAAUUUUGGCCUAAAAUCUAAUUUUCUUUGUUUUUCAUAAACUUCUGCCAUUUUUAACCUCAUGUCCCAGUAAUAAAGCUCAUCACAACCUAAAAUAAAAUUUUUAAAAUGAUUUUAUUUCAAUUUUUGCUACUUUACUUCCAAAUCCCACAGUAAAACCUCUUUUUUCCAGCUCCGACCUCAUCACCUGACCUACCAACCCUGGGCCAGGCCAUCAGCAAUAAAAGUAGCGAUUUUGACAGAAAAACAGGACCGGCUAGCAAAACUAUCUCGUUCUGUAUCACCCAAAGUAUAUCCAUCUACUUCAAUCAUGAAAACUACGGUAAGUUACAGUAUGUAAAUGUCUUUAAGAAUGAAAACUACGGUAAGUUACAGUAUGUAAAUUUUUUCAAUCAUGAAAAGUACGGUAAUUUACAAUAUAUAAAUUUGUAUACUGUAACUUUUUACAUACUGUACUUUACAAUUUUAAGGUUUUAAAAGUACAUUAGUACUAUAGUUACUAUAAUAUUACUUAUCAUAGCUAUAACGGCCGAUUGUGACAUUUUUAGAGCCGUGGAAGCGUUUUGUCACAUGCCGUCCAAACCGAAAAGGAGCUUCCGGUCAAGAAGAGCGCAAAGAACGGUGAUUUGCCACCGCCAACGGCCGAUAAAUCAAAGCGUUCUUCCACCAAAACUCCAACUAAUCCUAUCGAUUUUGAAAAAACGGUAAGAACUUUUUUUUACUUUUUUUCAAACUACAGUAGAUUUGAUAAGGGUAGGACUUAUCAAGUGGAACUGGAGUAAAGGCAGAAAAGCGUUAUAUUAGGUGCCGACAUAAAGAACCCGCCAUUUUUUACAGAAAAUUACAGGAAAAGUAUGGCGGGUUCUUUAUGUCGGCACCUAAGAUAUAAAAGUUGAUAUUUAAGAUCACAGUACAGAUUUACCACACAGCUAUAUAUCUACAUGUAACAUAUGACAUUUAAUGACGUUUACCCGGCACCUAAUAGUAAAGCAAUAGUAAGGCCGAGGCGAGAAGACAAGAGGAACUUAUUAUAACUUAUUAUUAGGACCGAGCCCAAUUUUCAGGCCAGACCCGAUCAAAAUUUUUUCCAAGCCCAGCUCUAAUAUUUAAAUUUGGUACAAGGUCGGUCCGGCCUGUUCCUCAUGACUAAGGGCGAGGACUCUGGACUGGGUUAUGGUUAGGGCUAAAAGGCUAGGGCUAAGAGAAUGGGACUGAGAAGCCUGGGCUAGAAGGAAGGACUAGUGCCAAGACUAGGGCUCUGGGCUAGGGCACUGGGCUAGGGCUCUGGGCUAAGGCUCUGGGCUAGGGCUAGGGCUAGGGCUCUGGGCUAGGGCUCUGGGCUAGGGCUCUGGGCUAGGGCUCUAUGCUAGGGCUCUGGGCUAGGGCUCUGGGCUAGGGCUCUGGGCUAGGGCUCUGAGCUAUUAUCUUGAGUUUCUAUCUCUUCAGGACCUAGAGAAACAACAAGAAGACCUGAUCAAGAAAGUAGCUGCCUUCAAACCGCUGAUCAACAGCGCUUCGGCCAAUGUCAAUUUGAACAAGGAGAAAGAUGACGACAAUCGCAAGUCAUCGGACAACAAGUCCAACUCAGCCAAGGAUUUGAAAGAGAAGGUUCGGGACGAGAGAGUGGAGAAGAAUGAGAGAGUGGAGAGAAACGAGAGACCAGAGAAAAUGGAAAAAGGAGAGAGAAUAGAGAAGAGUGAUAAGAAUGAUAAGAAGAAAACCAAGAGUCAUAGUACUGUGGAGUAUCCUGACACUUCGGUGGGUUUAUUUUCAUAUAAUAGUAACUAUUACUUUUUAAGCCUAUAAUGGUUAAAAAUGGAACUUUUUAAGCUUAUCCUAAUGUAAAAUAUCAUUUUUUAAGCCUGUGAUAGUUAAAAAUGGCAUUUUUCAAACCUUUAAAACUUAAAAUUUUAUUUUACAAAGCACUACCGUACCCUAGAUUACCCUGCUCUAUCCAAAUGUACCCUACGCAAGGACGUUUUUUAGGCUUAUCUUAUGAAAAAAGUCAUUUUUAAGCAAUUUUGUUUUUAGGCUAUUAUUGAUAAAACCAUCAAUACAAGAUCAUCUGCUCCGUCCAAAAAUGCUCUGAACUUUAAUGCUCUUCAACAACAGGUAAGUGUAAACUCUCUACCACAAUUUCUACCUCUAACUCUACCCCUACCUUUAACUUUACCCCUACCUCUAACUUUAUCCCUAUCCCUAGGUUUAACCUUAGCCCUACCCCCAUACUAUCCUUCUCUCUCCCUCUACAACCUCCGCAACCCCUCCCCACUUUUUUACCCUACCCCCCCCCCUCCCAUCAAGCACUGAAAAGACCCAAACCUAGUCUAAAAAUAUUUUCUGUGACAUAUAAACUACAGUAUACUUAAUAUUUUGUAUUUUUAAUCAAAUUUUUUAUUUUUAGCCAGCCAACAAAAGCCCUACAAGUAAAUCCCCGACCCGCAGGAUACCAUAA